AUGAGUUUCAUCGAAAAGGUUUGGAGUGAAGUCAUGGGAAGCUCCCCGCAGCUACCUUCAUCCUUGGACAAGAGCAUCUCGAUUUCUCCUAGAAGCUCUCUGGAACGUUACGACAGUGCGGGAAGCCCGCUUUCUCCUUCGAAUGAAGGCUCAUAUCAUGGAAUUCCACCGCCGCUGAAUCUCGACGAGCGGCGUAAGAGCGCAGAUAUGGCGUCUGACGGUCGGACAGUGAUGCCGAGAAUCACCAAGAGCAUCUCCAUUGCUACACAGCAUCCAAAGAUGGCUCGCCGGCUCGACACAUCUCGCUCUCUGCCAGCACACUACGACACUGGGCUUUCCAACUUGCCUUCCCCCGCGUCACGCAAGGGUGAGAACGUCUGGCGCAGUGUGUUUCACCCUGGAAGCAACAAGGCUGGGAUGGACCGCGUUGGUGCUACCAGAUUUGACAAGGCUAGCUCGUCGGAGCCGUCCGUGUUCGACUGGAUGUACAACCCCAAGUCGAAGUCGCAGCCGGACCCCAUCCUCACUCCCCUCUCCAUCCUCCUCUCUCUCAUUGCAUCUGGUGCCGAAUUCCUCUAUUUCGCGAUACUCGCUCAGUUUGACGUCAUGCCAGUCGGAUCGGUUAUCCUGAACGCUCUUCUGGUUACCGCUGUGGUUACUGUAGCUCAGCGAUUUAGUCCUGACCCGGAGGCUUUAAACGGUCCGCUGUGGCUCUCUGGAUCGGCAGCUGUUGGUCUCGCAACAGGUGUCAUUCCUCCAUUGGUUUUCCUGCUUAUCCUGACCACCCUGACUGCGUUUUCUGCCGCUCGUGCGGUCCUCUCAUCGUCAGCAGCAGCUGCUGCAUCCGAUUCAUCAUCCACCCUCCCUUCCUCCACCUCCUCCCUCUCUUCCUCCUUGCCCUCUGCCUCUUCCAAACCUCACGCUUUGGCCGGACCUAACUGGCUGUCAGUGGUGGCUCCGGCAGUGGCGGCGAUUGCCGGAGCAGCGGAGAACCUUGGGGUUCGUCUGUUAGCGGUGGGGGUGUAUGCGAUGCUUGCCGUGUGGCUGCACCAUUCAGGGAAAAUUACCUUCCAAAGUGACCCCAGUACUGCAGCAGCAGCAGCACAAGGGAAGCAUGCCAAGACCUGGAAGCUUCAACCAAUGAGCAUGAUUCAAGGGCUUGUGGCGUUUGCGGGUCUGGUGGCGGUGAUGCGGUGGGGCAACAGUGCAUUCCUUGCAUGGAUGGUGCUCUGA